AUGUCUCACACUGCUGUGCAGGGGAGUAUUGGGAGCCGUUCUGCCAUGGGGAUGCACACGUACAAAGUAAGUCAAUAUUCUUCUUUUAAUAUAUAUCUGUACGAGUGUGAGAAUUUCCAAGGUCGCAGGAUGGAGUUGAAUGGCGAGUGUCGCAAUAUCUGUGAUAAGGGCUUUGAUCGUGUAUGCUCCAUCAGAGUGGAGUGUGGCCCGUGGGUGGGUUACGAACAGCAGGACAUGCGUGGUGAGAUGUUCAUGUUGGAGAAAGGAGAGUAUCCUCGCUGGGACACCUGGUCCAAUAGCUACCGCUGUGAUCGUCUCAUGUCCCUCAGGCCAGUCCGCAUGGAUUCCCAGGAUCAUAAAAUCUGCCUGUAUGAGUGUGCAAACUUUGAGGGCCGUAAGAUGGAGGUUUGUGAUGAGGAUAUCCCCAGUCUGUGGUCCUAUGGCUUCUAUGACAGAGUAGCAAGCAUUCAGGUCUCCGGAGGAACGUGGGUUGGGUACCAGUACCCUGGCUACCGUGGUUAUCAGUACCUGUUUGAGUAUGGCCCCUUCAAGCACUGGAAUGAGUGGGGAGCCAACCAUCCCCAGAUCCAAUCCAUUCGCCGAGUGCGAGACAUGCAGACACAUCGACGAGGCUGUUUUGAGAUGACUGCAUAA